AUGUCUCCUUAUCGCGUUGUUUUUGGUAAGGCAUGUCAUCUCUCUGUUGAGAUAGAGCAUCGUGCUUAUUGGGCUGUGAAGACUUGCAACUUGGCUCUUGAUCAAGCUGGUGGCGAAAGAAAGCUUCAAUUGAGUGAGUUAGACGAGAUCCGCUUGGAAGCCUAUGAGAACUCUAAGUUCUACAAAGAGAAGACCAAAAUAUUCCAUGAUAGCUUGAUUUCCAGAAAAGACUUUUUGGUUGGACAACAAGUGUUGUUGUAUAACUCUAGGCUUGGCCUAAUGAGUGGUAAGCUUCGUUCUAAGUGGAUUGGUCCUUUUGUUGUUACUAAUGUGUUUCCUUAUGGUACUGUAGAGAUCAAAAGUGAAUCCACAGAUAAGAGCUUCAAAGUUAAUGGUCAUCGCCUCAAGCAUUUCCGCACUAAUCCUUCUCUUGUGGAUGCUACCAUGGACGAUGUUUCCUUGGUUGUUUCCACCCUCCGCCCGCCAUGA